GCAUAGGAACAAAGCAACGGCUCAAUGAGAGUCAAGAACAAAAAGACGAGCGUACAAAAAAACUUUCUGAAGCCAUUAAAACAAUUAUAGAAUGUAUCGGUGAGGAUCCUAAACGGCAAGGUUUGCUGAGAACACCCGAUAGAUAUGCUCAAGCAUUAUUAUUCUUUUCUAAAGGUUAUGAAGAGAGUAUUGAACAGCUCAUUAAUGGUGCAAUUUUCGAAGAAGAUCAUGAUGAAAUGGUGAUUGUUAAAAAUAUAGAUGUAUUUUCUUUAUGUGAACAUCAUUUA